AUGCAAUUUAUUUUUAGUACACAAAGUGUAUUUUAUAUACAUAUUAUGUCAUUAAAUGAUAUGAAUUAUAAUAGUACUGUUGAAGAACCUCAAAAUGAUCUUAAUGAUGUUAUAUUAAGAUUUUUAUCUCAACCAUUAUCAACAGAAAAUAAUAGUACAUCUUUUUCAUUACUAAAUGGAUCAUUUAAUUUUCCAGACAAUGAUACGUCGUCGUUUUCAGAUAUAUCAGGAAUAGAUAAUAGUACAUCAUCAAAGAAAUAUAAAACAUUAAAAACUUUUACUUCAUUUGAUCAAGGUGAAGAAUAUGUUAAAAGUUUAAAAAUUUUAAGAUGUAAAUCUCAAUAUCCUGGUAGAGCUUUAAAAACAUAUCAAUAUGCAUGUAAAAUAAAAGAUUGUAAAUAUUAUGCAUUACUUAGAACAGAAAAAGAUGGCAAAACAGCGGUUCUCCAGGUUAAUAAUGAAUUUCAUCCUCAUACAAUUAAAGACCUUGAAGAUCAACAAACAAAUCAAAAAAAACCAAAACUUUAUAUGUGUGAUAAAUCUUUAGAAGUGGCAAUGGCUCUAAAAAAAUCUGGGGAUGAAGUGCAAUUAAAACAUAAGCUUUACAAACAAUCUUUGAAAGAUUCUCCAUCAAUAGUCACAACUAAUUUUGCUGCUGUAAUAAAUAACUGUGGUAAAAGUAGUUAUGAUAUAACUGUAGAGGAAUAUGCAAAUGAUCCAUGUGUAAAAGUUUUUAAUAGUUGGGAGGAGGGUGAAGAAUAUAUAAAAAAUUUAAAAAUUCUUAGAUGUAAAUCUACCUAUCCUAAACGAAUUAAUCGAAAAACUCAUCAAUUUGUAUGCAGAAUUAGAAGUUGUAAUUAUAGUGCUAUGCUAAAAAUGACAGGACGCGAUUCUGUCUCAAUUUUACGAGGUAACUAUCCUGAUCACAAUCAUACUGCUGAUAACGUAGAGGAACAUAAUAUGAUUAAAAAAAGAAAAAUUGAUAUUUGUCCAAAGGCUUUAGAAAUUGCUACUUCAAUGAAGAAAGCUGGUUUUAAGUUAUCAGAUAUUGAAGCAAAAUUAAAAGAUGAGGAUGAAAAAGGAAAUAUUGUUUAUAAAAGUGGAAUUCAUCAAUUACGAAGUAAAUUAUAUAAAAAUGCAAAAAAUGAAAGUGAGAAGUUAAAUGAUACUUUUGUUGAUUUAAUUCGUACUUUUAAUCCUUAUAUUCCUUUGUAUGAAAAAGAAUCUUCAGUUAUUAGUAAUACUGAGUCAAGUUCUAUUGAUGAAAAUCAAAGAGAUUACAUUAAAGAGGAAACUGUGAAUAUACAAAAUUCUGUAGAUAUGCCAUCAGAGAGAUCAUCAAAUAUUUUAGAUAUUUUUUAUUCUAAUAAUUCAUUAAUAAAAGUUUUUGACACAUGGGAAGAAGGUGAAAAAUAUGUACAAGAUUUAAAGGUAUUUAGGCGUAGGAGUACGUAUCCCUCUUCAAUAAGAAAAUCUUAUCAAUAUGUUUGUAAAGUUGAAGGAUGUAAAUAUUCUUUAAUAUUAAAAAAUAUAAAAGAAAGUAGUAAUUGUAUUUUGAAAGCAAAUUCUUUAAUUCAUGAACAUAAUGCUUCUAAUAUAAAUGAUUACUUACCAGUAAAAAAAAAGGCAUUUGAAUUAUCGGAAAAAGGAAUAGAUAUAGCAAUUCAACUUAAAAAAAAUGGUUUACAAUAUUCAGAGAUUCAUGAAUGUUUAGAGAAUGAAGCUAAAAAUGGAAAUAUUGUUUACAAAGGUGAUAUUAAUAUGUUAAGAAAGAAACUAAGUAGGAUGAAAGAUAAAAUUAAACUAGAAAGUGUUAGUAAUUCUGUUUCAAUGGAAUCAAUUAGUACUCAAUUUACUCCUAGUAAUUUAGUCAAAUUUGAAGAGAUACAAAAUAAUACUAAAUCAGAAAUCAAUCAAACUUGUUCUACUAUAGAAAGUAAUUCAACUGAAAAUAUUUUUAAUUUAUUGACAAGCUUCCAAACAAAUUCAUCAAAAGAAAAUUCGAGUCCGAAGCGUAUGAAGCUUGAAAAUACAUGUGGUAAUGAAUUAAAUAAUUCUAAAAUAUCUUUUGAACAUGUGAAAAUGUUUGAUUCUUGGGAACAGGGAGAAGAGUAUAUUAAAUCAAUGAAAAUUUUACGUUGUAAAAGUAAAUAUCCAAAAAGGCAGAGACGUUCUCAUCAAUAUGUUUGCAGAAUGCGUGAUUGUAGAUUUUCAAUUAUGUUGAAAAUGAGUGAAAAUGAAAAGUGUAUUCUUAGGGCGAAUAGUAUCAAUCAUGAACACACAGAUGAAGAUCUAAAAAGUAUGAAUUCUAUCAAGGUUAGAAAAUUAGAAAUUUGUGACAAAGCAUUUGAAAUGGCAAAAAAAUAUAGAUUAGAUGGAAUGAGCGUCAGAGAAAUACAUAAAGCUUUAGAACAGGAGAAAUCAAUGAAUCCAAGUAUAUGUUAUAAUUUAAAUGAAAGUCAACUAAGGAAUAAAUUUAAUACUGCUGGUUUAUUAAAAGAACAAUCUAGAGAAUCUACUAGUAAUCUUUCAUUCUUACAAGAUGCCAUAGCAAUUUUAAGAAAUUUCAAUGUUCAAAAUAAUUCACUUCCAUCAAUAGAAAAUGAAAUUGAAUCUCAGCAAAAUGAACCUAUUCACAAUAGUUCAAAUGAUCAUGAAACAAUACCGUCAGAUCAAUUUGAUUUUAGCAGGUUAAUAGGAAGUCUCUUCAAUUGCAACCCUCCUGCAUCAACACUAUAA